AUGCCAGAUGGGUUCUGUCACCAAACUGUAACAACCACUUCCCAACUACUAGAGAGUUUCGAAGGGUCUUCACCAAUUCUGGCUGAUAUAUAUAAUCCCUCCAUCAAAGUAUUCAAGCUUUAUCUUGUCAAAUACUUGUACAAGAAAGAAAUGUCCGUAAGAACCUCUCUUGUGAUACUAUUCUUUUGGGCAGCUCUCACCAUUGUCACGCCUAUCCUGGUUCGCAUGUCCUCUUCAAAUUAUUCCGAUGAACCGGAGGAGGUCGAGGGGAUGACUUUCUUGUCAAGAAGAACACUUGUAUCCACCGCAAGUCCACCUGCACUAGCGCCUGCACCUUGUGGUUCUGGUGGUGUUCAAAUUGCAGUGACGCAAAGAUACCCAAGAAAAGCUCUAGUGAAACAUUGAUCGUGAUCAGGUUAUCUGUAGCUGGGUGUAGUUUUUUCUUCGCUUUUUUAUUAACAAUUAUUCAAUUAACGAUGUUUGGUGAAAGGUGAAUGAGCUAGCAACGAAUAAGAAUCAUGUACC